UCAAAGAUGGCAACACUUCUAUCUUUAAUCGGUGGAAAUGGAGGUGGUCCAUUUUCAUUUACUGGUGAAAGCAAUGGUGCCAGUUUAGAGAAGAUCUGGGUGUGGGUGGGAGAAUGGCAGGUUAAGGCUGUCAGGGUCUGGCUUACAGAUGGGAGAAAUCAAACCUUUGGACAGGCAUCUGGAUCGAAUCAAGAGUAUACGUUCAAGCCCGGUGAGUGUUUCACCUCACUGUCCCUGUGGGGGAACGGAGAGGGAUCACGUCUUGGAGCCAUCAAAUUCAAGACCACUCUGGGGGGAGAGUUUUUUGCAAAGAUGACAAAAUGGAGUUUAAAAACAGAAUAUCCCAUGGAUAUCGGGUCUGGUUAUUGUUUGGGAGUUGUAGGGAAAGGUGGUGCCGACAUUGACAGUAUGGGAUUCAUGUUUAUCAGUGCAGUUGAAUCAACAGUUCUUGCUAAUGUCCAGUAUCCCACUCUCCACCAACUGAUCCCAAAGGUGACUGUGGAAGAGCUGAAGUCCGUCACUUUCAGGAACGACUCCUCUGCCAUACAACAUCAAAAAAUUGAAACCUCAAAGAAGGUGACCAAAAAAUCCUCAUGGUCUACGAGCAAGAGUUUUACUGCAACGUUUAGUAUGGAAGUGAGUGCUGGGAUUCCAGAGGUUGUAGAAGUUACUACAGGAUUCAGUUUCAGCGUUGCAACAGAAAGCACUUAUAGUCAGGAGAACACAGAUGAGAGAACCGAAACUCUGACUACAGAUGUAGAAAUCCCACCAAAAAAGAAGCUGGACGUUUCAGUCACCAUUGGCAGAGCCACUUUUGACAUGCCUUACACUGGCACAGUGAAGAUGACCUGCAAGAACGGCAGUGUGUUUCAGUAUGGAACCAAGGGCACAUACAAAGGCGUCACUUACACUGAUAUCAAAGUGAAGACUAAAGAAUCUCCUCUGUAAUGUCAAGACAGAUUGUUCUUGUCUGGUCUUUAUCUGAUUAGUCCAGCAAUGUAUCAAUUGUUCUACAUUUAAUCAUUUUGUUUGAGCCUUUCUUGUUUCAUUUCAAAGUGUUCCUUGCCCCUUUGUUUUUAACAGGGGAAAUAUAUACUCAGCAUUGUCUUUUCAAA